CGCUGCGGCUGGAGAGUUGGGUGCUGCGGCUUCCCGGGCGCCGGAGGCCUGGGUCCUGCGGCUCCGCGGUGAGUGCGGCUCCCUCCGCCUGGUGGGGCGAGCGGCCGCCUUCGGCUCCCCGAAGCCAGCGCAGCCGCUGUUGUAAGAGCCCUCUGUUCUCAACGCAGCGCGAUCACCGCGCGCUUCCCCAGUCCUUGCCCUGGCAACGGCUUGCUUUCCAGUUUUGCUUUCUUUUCCUUUCGGUUCAUUUAUUCAUUUAUUUAUUGUUAAUUAGUUAAUUCCUUCAUUUUUUUUUUGAGUCAUCCCUGGCUGAUUUCCAACUUGCGGCAAUCCUCCUGCCUCAGUCUCCCGGGUGCUGGGAGUACUAGCAUGCCCCACCACGCCCAUCCCGCAAGGUUCUAUCUAAGCUCACCGGAGGCUUUGCUUUCACUGCCUUCCAACCCAGCUGGUUGUGCGGCACGGAGGUCACGCUUGUCGUAUAGUUUACUGGUUGCUCUCUAUAGUGAGAUUUACGACACUGAAGAGUCUUCAUUUCCUCCUGUAUUUUUCUAGAAAUAAACCCAGUCAUGGAAAUAUGAAAAAAUGUAUAAAGAAUCCAGUUUGAAUUCCAUGAGUGUACUUUUGUGUAUGAAUAGUUAUAUAAAAUGUUGAGUUCUCAAAAAGAAGGCUAGUAAGUAUGGUAUAUUUGUGCGACAGAAAUGCUGUGGUAAGGGUUGGUAGAUACGAUAACUGAAGACAGCUGUGUCUUGAUAAAUUGAUUCAUCCUUAAUUAUAACAGACUUAAAUGAAGCCCAGGUGGACUGCAUUUUACAAAUGCAGUCUAGUUAACAUUACUAACAAGAUACUGUCUGUGAAGCAGAUGUGUUUACGUGAUAGACACAGGAAGAGAUUUACCAGGAGAGAAGAAUAGCAGUCUAAGCUCUAAACAAGGCCAUUCACCAGACUCUAUAGUCUUAGUAGGGCUGUGUGUUAACUUCCCCAGGAGGCACCUGAGAUAGUAUAACAUGAGCUGUAGGAAAUUAGCUCUUAGAAAAUAGGACCAUGGAGUGAGUUUAGUUACUUGUGUUUGAUAGAGUAGUUUGGAUAUCGUAUUAAAGUCCUUAUAAGGGGAAAAAGCCUGCAAAUAAUUUUUCCGAUAUAGUUAGCAAUUGACUUAGUAUCUAGACUUCAUAACUUUUUUUGUUUUUAGAUUAUUUGAAAUACAACUUUAUUCUUAUUCUAAACAAAAAGAAUGGGGAUGACAGCAGCCAGAUUUUACCACUGAAUAGUGUGAUGUGACUGUAGCAGUCUUAUUUUUGAAAUUUCAGGAAACAACUGUGUUCCAAACAGCUAAAUAUGCAAGUUCAAAAAAAUGAAGGUCGUCAUCCUCAUCCGGGAGCGCAGUCUUUUGAGCCACCUCGAAAUCACGCUCGUGCUGUGUUGAGAAAGCUGGGUCCAUGACCACCUCAGGACGAGCUUGAACUGGACCUGCGGCACUCCCUGGGCAGUCGUGACGUGAUGAUCCUUCCAGAAGACUCUCUGCGCCUGUCCGGCUGAAGCUGACUUCAUAACUUUUAAUGAAAGUAAAUUAUUGGCGAAUAGCUCUUGGGUUACCUAAAAGAGUUCAUAUGAUUCCAGAGUCCUGAGUAGUGUAGGAUCUUGGAAAAUAAGAGUUGUCCUCUGUGAAGGUGAACUCACAUAAAUCCAGUCAGAGAGAAUUCUACCUGGUUAGGAGCCCGUUUUUGCAUUCUCUGUGUGGUUGAGAUCUUACUUAGUGUGAACUGAGAAGCUUCAUAGGGCAGUUUAAGCUGUCAGAAAUACUGUCCCUACUCAUCCACAAAACUGUCUCCCAAAGAGUUAUUCAAGGUACUUUACACCAAAAAACCAAAAAGAUAAUGGAAAAUAGCACAACCUUACUGAAUUGGACAAAAGAGAGCAAAGAAAAAAUAAAAUAUGACUUUUCUUGUGAGCUCUACAGAAUGUCCACCUACUCGGCUUUCCCUGCUGGGGUUCCUAUCUCGGAAAGGAGCCUGGCUCGUGCUGGCUUUUAUUACACGGGUGUCAAUGACAAGGUCAAGUGCUUCUGCUGCGGCCUGAUGCUGGACAACUGGAAACAAGGGGACAGCCCUGUUGAAAAACACAGACAGCUGUACCCCAGCUGCAGCUUUGUUCAGACCCUGCUUCCAGGUGGUCUGCAGUACCCUCCUAAGGUCACAGCCCCUGUGAGAAGUGGGUUUGUACGUUCCUUACCUCUGGAGCAAGGAGGAAGUUACUCCAGCUCGUCCUCAGACCCUCUUCACUCCAGAGCAGUGGAAGACUGCCCGUCCAGGACGAGUCCCUGCAGCUAUGCCAUGACUACUGAAGAGGCCAGAUUUCUUACUUACAGUGCGUGGCCUUUAAGUUUUCUGUCACCAGCAGAGCUGGCCAGAGCCGGCUUCUAUUACAUAGGACCUGGAGACCGGGUGGCCUGCUUUGCCUGUGGUGGGAAGCUUAGUAACUGGGAACCGAAGGAUGACGCUAUGUCAGAGCACCGGAGACAUUUUCCCAACUGUCCAUUUCUGGAAAAUUCUUCAGAAACACAGAGGUUUAGUGUAUCAAAUCUGAGCAUGCAGACUCACACUGCUCGAAUGAGGACGUUUUUGUACUGGCCGUCUAGUGUUCCUGUCCAGCCCGAGCAGCUGGCAAGUGCUGGAUUCUACUACAUGGAUCGCAACGAUGAUGUCAAAUGCUUUUGUUGUGAUGGUGGCUUGAGGUGUUGGGAAUCUGGAGAUGACCCCUGGGUAGAACAUGCCAAAUGGUUUCCAAGGUGUGAGUUCUUGAUACGGAUGAAAGGGCAGGAGUUUGUUGAUGAGAUUCAAGCUAGAUAUCCUCAUCUCCUUGAACAGCUGUUGUCCACUUCAGACACCCCAGGAGAAGAAAAUGACCUUCCAAUCGUGCAUUUCGGACCUGGCGAAAGUUCUGAAGAUGCGGUCAUGAUGAACACGCCUGUGGUUAAGGCAGCUCUGGAAAUGGGCUUCAGUAGGAGCCUGGUAAGACAGACGGUUCAGCAGCAAAUCCUGGCCACUGGUGAGAACUACAGGACCGUUAGCGAUAUUGUCUCAGCGCUUGUUAGUGCUGAAGGCGAAAGAAGAGAAGAGAAGGACAGACAGACUGAAGAAGCAGCAUCAGGUGACUUGCAGUUAAUUCGGAAGAAUAGAAUGGCCCUCUUUCAGCAGUUGACAUGUGUCCUUCCGAUCUUGGACAAUCUUCUUGAGGCCAGUGUAAUUACUAAGCAGGAACAUGAUAUUAUCAGACAGAAAACACAGAUACCCUUACAAGCAAGAGAACUGAUUGACACCAUUUUAGUCAAAGGAAAUGCUGCAGCCAACAUCUUCAAAACCUGUCUGAAGGAAAUCGACUCCACAUUAUAUGAGAACUUAUUUGUGGAAAAGAACAUGAAGUAUAUUCCAGCAGAAGAUGUCUCAGGCUUGUCGUUGGAAGAGCAGUUGCGGAGAUUGCAAGAGGAACGAACUUGCAAAGUGUGCAUGGACAGAGAGGUUUCUAUUGUGUUCAUUCCUUGUGGUCAUCUGGUAGUCUGUCAGGAAUGUGCCCCUUCCUUGAGAAAGUGCCCCAUCUGCAGGGGUACAAUUAAGGGGACUGUGCGUACAUUUCUCUCAUAAAUGAAGAGUGGUUCUAAAGUAUUGCUGGGUACCGGAAGCCGUCUGAACAAAGAAUGAAUUACCGAUUCAGCUAGUGCAUUCAUGUUUGCUCUUCUUCAGAAUCAAUGAUCCUGCUUCAUGAAAGGUGGUGUUGUCUAUGUAAUCUUAAUCUGUGUAGCUGCAGGGAGCUCCUCUGCUGAUGAGCUAUGGUUGUCUUUGUAACCCUGAUCUGUGUGGCUGCAGGGAGCUCCUCUGCUGAGCUAUGGUUGUCUUUGUAACCCUAAUCUGUAGCUGCAGGGAGCUCCUCUGCUGAUGAGCUAUGGUUGUCUAUGUAACCCUAAUCUGUGUAGCUGCAGGGAGCUCCUCUGCUGAGCUAUGGUUGUCUAUGUAACCCUAAUCUGUGGCUGCAGGGAGUUCCUCUGAUGAUGAGCUAUGGUUGUCUAUGUAACCCUAAUCUGUGUAGCUGCAGGGGAGCUCCUCUGAUGAGCUAUGGAAGGAGUGGGUGCUUCUGUUUUCACUCAGGACUUUCUGGGCUUGGAGUUUGUGAAAGCUUUAGAUUUGGGUGACGUGGAGCUCAGAAAUCCUGGAAACCAGUAGUCCUGGCCCUCAGUGGCUAGGGUGCCCCAUGCUUUUUGGUGUUUUUUUCCCUCUGGAAAAUAAGGAUUUUUCUGUUACUUGGUAAAUAAGAUUUCCCCCUAUUUGUGAGAAACAUACUAAUAAAGUGGUUUUAAAGGCUUG